UGGAGAAACAAUCCACACGUGUCGUGCACGAAUAGAAUCUGGCUGAAGCUGGCGUUUCCAGAGCAGAACUGGACCUAAAUAUUCACAGAAUAAUGAGUCUCGUCAAAGUAGAUAUCUAUGAUGAGGCAUCUGCUGUUAUCAGUAAAGCCAAGUCAAAGGAAAAGUCAAUCAAAUCAUUGGUGUACGAAAGUAAUUCGAAGAAUAUCCGGCAGUUGUUUGCCCUGGUGUGCGAGUCUCUGAAGUAUGCAACUAUCAUUGAUCAAAUCAUGGAGAAUGUGGCAUUUCUACAGAAGGUUCCAUGGAUGGAUCGAAACUUAGCGCUUGUACUCUUGUAUGAUUUCCUGUUCGGGAAGAAGCUAGCUGGUGCUUGUUCAGGCAAGUAUAGGAAAGCUGUGGUGAAACAGAAGAAAGAACUCAAGGCAGAGUUACAGAAGUUGAAAGAGGAGAAAGGUGCAACCCGCUCAUCUGAUCUCUUGCCUAGUCAAGUUAAAGAUGAAGUUUCGAUCCCAAGAUAUGUACGUGUGAAUCUUUUGAAGACCAGCGUGGACAAUGUCAUUGCAGCUUUCCUCAAGGCAGGUUAUACCUGUGUAAUGACCAGAGAAGAAGCGAACGAAGAAAGACAAAAUGCUACUCCUCAGUAUAUCAGUAACCUAUGCGUAGAUGUGAGUCAGAGCCUUGGAGAGUAUGAGUUUGCCGUUGAUCUUCAUAUUGAUGAUGUGUUAGUGUUUGCUUCAAGGACCGACUUUCACAAUCAUCCUCUGUAUCUUGAUGGAAGCAUUAUCCUCAUGGACAAGGCAAGCUGUUUUCCGGCAUACAUGCUAUCUGCAACACCUGGAUCAACUGUUAUAGAUGCUUGUGCAGCUCCUGGUAACAAGACUAGUCAUUUGGCCAGCUUACUUGGGAAUGAAGGGAAAAUCUACUCGUACGACUUGGAUGCUAAACGAAUCGGGGUAAUGGACAAACUCCUGGAGAGAGCGGGAGUGUCUAUAGCCGAGACUAGACAUCAGGAUUUCUUGUUGACUGAUCCCUGUAGUGAAGAGAACAUGGAAGUAGAAUACAUCAUAGUCGAUCCCUCGUGUAGCGGGUCUGGUAUGGCCACCAGGAAAGACUAUUUGGUGGAUGAAGACAUGAGGGAGGACAAGGCAAGACUGACAUCUCUUCAGCAGCUACAGUGUCGCAUCCUCAGUCAUGCCCUCUCCUUUCCAAGUGUGAAGAGAGUGGUGUACUCCACCUGCUCACUGUUCAGGGAAGAGAACGAGGAAGUGGUGAAGGCUGUCCUGAAGCAGAGUGAAGGAUUCAGACUGGUACCUGCGAUGGAAGGUAUGUGGGAUCAUCGAGGAUUGUCUGUUGGCGAGGAGGGAGAGGACGCUGGCAUUGGACACUGCUGUAUACGAGCAUCACCUCGUACUGACCUGACCAAUGGGUUCUUUGUAGCCCUUUUUGAACGGACAGGUAAGAGUGCGAUUGUCACUCCGAAGAAACAAACCCCAGAGGAAGCCAGGAAUGGACUUGAUGGAACAUCGUCCAAAAUGAAAAAGAAGACUGUUAUACGUUCUGAGGAAAGAGGUGAUACAAAAGAGGAUGUGAUGGAGACAGAUACACUGUUAGAUGACCAGAGUGUGAGAAAGAAGAAGAAAAAGAAGAUAAGAGCAGAUGAAAUGACUGAUCUUAAAAGUGUUUCUAAUGAUAAAGGUGAUAAUACUGAACAUACUGUAAAUAAACAAAAGAAGGUUAAAACUAAAGCCGAGGAAGAAGAUAAGCUUAGUGUGGACAACUGUGGGAAGAGGAAAAAGAAAAGGAAAGGCAGUGAAAGUAAGUCAAAUUCACUUCAGCUGGAAAGUAGUCAAGAAGAUGAAGAAACUCAGCCUUCAGCAAAGAAGAAGAAGAAGAAAAGUAAGGAAAAUAAGUGAGGAAGUGGCAUAAUGAAGUGAUAGGUACGUGUCUACCAUUCUUGUUGAAAAUUCCAGUUUCUUUAUCCUCUUUGAUAUGCCAUACAGGUAUUAAUGAUAAUCUUGUUUCAGUAAUGUUGGUGAAAAGAACAUUUCCUGAAGGGGGGGGGGGGUCACAUGUUAUAUUUCACCAUGCCCUUAGCCAUCUUAUAUGUUAUACCAUGACUUAUUAGGAAACUUUAAUUUAGGUUUGUUUUACCGUAGUAUCUGCUUCCAAAGAACAGACAUUCCAAGUUUUAUUUGCAAACAUAUUUGGGACAACAAUUAGGACAAGCAGAACAGUACCGUUACUAUUGAGUAAAAGGGAGGUUGGAUGGGGAGAUAAUAAUCUGGAGUGCAUCUCUUCAAACGACGUGCUGGACAUUUUAUCCAACAAGUCCUAUUUUAUCUACCAGUUACUAUAGUAACAAUGUUUCUCAGCCAAUCAAAAUCAAGUAAUAAACGAUGACAAAUGUUAAUGAAACACUCUUUCAAUCUGUUGGUGCUGUGGCUGAUUUGUCGGAGGUGCCCAACCACACAAAUGAAAGUCCAGGGGACUUUUGUCUGACAAAAUGUCAAAUCUGACAUCUUUCCAUGAUUUCAAUUGGCUGAGAGGCAUUGCUCCUAUGGAAUUUGUCAGAUAGAUGUCUAACAAGUCCUUUCAUGAAAUUCUCCGCAGAAUUCCUAGUACUGAGCACAGCACUUUAUGUCAUUGAUUAAAGGCAUUUAAUGUCUACAUGAUCAUUUUUAUCACAUACAUUAAAAUGCUAUAGGCAUGAUUAAUGUAUUUACUUCUUUAUGAAAGUCUUGAAAUAGAACAGUAAGUCUUAUUAGGAAAGCGAAAUGAUCUUUUGCUACUAAUACACUGUCAUAUUUCUUCUAUCAAAGUAAAAGGUAUUUUGAAAGAUUGUAACAAAAUAAGUAUUGUAAAAAGUAAUAAAUUUGAUUCUAAAU